ACACUGUGAGAGGACAUGAUGUCAGUGUUGUGCCUGGUGCACACUGUUCCCCGGCGUGUGCUAAAGUUAAAGCAGAUUAUCGGUGGAGUCCGGCAGCUGAGCAGAGCGGCCUCCAUGUGUGAACAGCAACAUAAGCUGAUCAGAGGUGCCGUCUCGCUGACUGGACUCUAUCUGAUGUACGGGUAUGGAGCCUCACUCGUCUGCAACCUGAUUGGUUUCGUCUAUCCAGCUUAUUUUUCAAUCAAAGCCAUCGAAAGUCCGAGCAAAGAAGACGACACAAAAUGGCUGACGUACUGGGUGGUGUACGGCGUUUUCAGCCUGGGCGAGUUCUUCUCCGAUAUUUUCCUCUACUGGUUUCCAUUCUACUACGCAUUUAAGUGUCUCUUCCUGUUGUGGUGCAUGGCUCCGAUGGCGUGGAACGGCUCCCAGGUCAUCUACAACAGGGUGGUGCGUCCCGUCUUCCUCCGCCACGAGGCCACGGUGGACAACAUGGUGAGCGACCUCAGCGGGAAGGCCAUGAGCGCUGCCGAGAACCUCACCAGAGAAGUCCUGUCCUCUCUGGUGAAGAACAAAGCUCUGGUGACUCCGCUGCCGUCAGUCACUCACUCUGAAGCUUUAAGUUUACCGAGCUCAUCGAUGGAAACAUCAGCAGCUAAAAGAGCUACGUCACAACCGAGCGAAGAACGACCCGUACGUAUCUGCUUCCUCCUCCUGGUUAAGUAGUCCCUCUUGAAGAGAUCAUUUAAACUUAGUACGAGAACAGAGGUCAUGUGACCACAUCUGAGGGCAAAGGUCACAAAGUCAGUGAAGAGGAAAGAGUAAAGGUUCAUUCAUGGUAAACGUUAGAUACAGAAACGAAUGGAGCCUCCUGUUCCUACAUUUCGUUCACGUCUUCUGAAAACUUACGGAUACAGACAAAACAGAUGAAUCGGAGCAAAACCACCAGAAAUCUUUAGGGGGCAGUGUAGCCAAUAGUUCAAGUGAGACGACCACAGGACACGAAGAAAAAAUGUCAACAGUGGUGGGACUUUUAGAGGACAUUGGACCGCAGCCACUUAUUUACUUUAUUUACACAACCUCCUCCACCUGAGCCAUAUUUGUAAUUCAAACUCUAUUCUGUGCUGCCCUCUAGUGGAUGUAUUGCUUGUCGUCUCGUUAAGCAGAACCAUCAGUGAGAUGAUUGUUUGUCCGUCCACAUGAUCUAUUAUCACGUUUCUUAUCAUCAGGUUCCUGCUCUCCACAGGAUGAAUCCUUGAUAGUUUAAUGCCACUGUAACAUUUUGUCUAGCGACACCUGGUGGACAAAAUAUAAUGUUUUAGCUGAAGUAUGACUCAUUAGAGGUGAACUUUAAACUUGUAUUAAAUCCCCAGUGAAAAGAUGUCACACGUUUGAUUCCUCAUGUGUCUAAAGACAGUUUUACAGUAAGAACAGACGUGAGGAAGAUAUUAACUCCUGUGUC